AUGGGUAAUAAGCAAUCCACGAUACAAAAAGUGUAUGAAGCUGCUCGUGAUGGUUCUUCUGAUCUGACUAAUCAUUUAAAGCGGCUUAACAGUGAAGAAAGGAAAACUGCUCUCGAUUCCAAGACCAAAGAUGGCGACGAGAAUACAACUCCUCUCAUAAUUGCUUCUCGAAAUGGAAACCUAGACUCUUUAAAGAUUCUUUUGAGUUUCAAAGCAGAUGUUGAAGAACGAGGAACUGUGAAAGUUAACACUGACGAAGCCGUUGAAGGUUGCUCUCCUUUGUGGGCCGCUGCUGCUACUGGUCAUCUAGAUAUUGUGAAAUUGUUAAUCGAUCACAAGGCGGACGUAGACGGCAGAAAUGCAACAAAUUCGACUCCUUUGCAGGCUGCUGCUUGCAAUGGAAAUCUUGAUAUUGUUAGUUGUUUGGCUAAGAACGGAGCUAAUGUAAAUGCAAGAGAUGAAUUUGAGAGUACUCCUCUGAUGAUAACAUGUUACAAUGGUCACAUGGAUGUUGCUUCCUAUCUAAUCGAACAUGGCGCAAAUCACUAUUUGCAAGACAAGACUGGAGACACAUGUCUUCACUAUGCUGCAGAAAAAGGUCACACCGAAGUUGUCGGUAGGCUUCUUUCUCUUGGAGUAAAAGAGAGGCAAAAUAAGAAACGUUUGACCCCACUACUAGCAGCCAGUAAUGAAAGCAAAUAUGAAAUGGUCGAGUAUUACAUCAAUCGACCCGAAUGUACCAAGGAACAAAAAAUUAACGCUCUCGAACUUCUUGGUUCCUCUAUUGCAAAUGAUCCUGAUUCUUAUGACAUCGAAGAAGCAUUCAGUUGUAUGAGGCGUGCAAUGGAAGAGAGAUAUCAGGACCCGUCAUGUCCAUUGCUUAAAAAGAACAUAAAACCUGUGGAAGAUUAUGAAAAUAGAACAGAGAGUCAAACUCUUGAGGAACUUUCUCUGUUAAAAGAUGAUAACCAUGCUAUCCACAUGGAGGGUCUCAUGAUCAAGGAGAGACUCCUUGGAAUUGACUCUGCAGCACUUCUGAAGGAUAUCAGAUCCUAUGGGACUGUUCUAGCUGACUCUGAGCAUUACGAACCUUGUAUUGGUCUGUAUAAGCGAUCGAUGGAAAUAGCCAUGAACUGUGAUGAACCUAUUACGUACGAGCUUCAAAUGUUACCAUGGCUAUUUAUAUUGACGGCCCUGGAACAACGGUGCUCAAAUGGAAAACACAUUAAGGCAGUAUUCAAAAAACUGACAGAAAAACUAGAGACUGGGAAAUUACAAGAGGGGCAAGAAAAUGAGGAAGACGAAAAAAUGCUUUACUGUUUUCUAAAUCUUCUACUGAUAUACACCAAAUUUGAAGUUUUAGAGGAUAACGAGGAUGAAAUGGAAGAAAUAAUCAACUAUGUUCAAAGAAUUCUGCGUUUAGACAUUCGUAACCGCGAUGGAAAUACAUUACUGCAUCUAGCGGCAUUUGAUGCAAAAACUACGGGAAUUGUGUGCAAGCCUCCUUGCGUUAAAACCACAAAGCUAAUUUUACAUGCAGGGUGUGAUGUGAAUACCGUAAACUUUGAAGGAGAAACUCCUCUUCAUUUGGCUGUGACUUUUACGCCGGGGGAUAAACAGGUGGAGACUUUGAAACAAAUACUGGAAAUAUUGCUCGAUAUCGGUGCAGAUACAAAGCUUGUAAAUAACAAAGGUCAAACACCACUGGAAUGCUGUGAGAGCGACGUGGCUCGAAGGAUCCUGUCAGAGACAAGAGCAGUGGGUGCCAUGGACGUCGUUACCAGAGAUGUAAGAAAGUUUUAAGUUCUGAGAGUUCUUUCGUCCGCAAAAUAAUGAUAACAUUUAAUUAAAUUCUACUUUUUUUAAACUGUUAUCCUUCUCCUUAUAACAGAGAGCACUUUUGUCGAUGGGGAGAUCUAUCAACUUUAGAAACUCAAUCCAAAAAAUUCAUUUUGUACAAUAAAUAUAACAAAAUUUGAAUUUGCAUUUAUAUCUUUUCUAAUCAAAGAAGCUCAGUAUAUUAAGUUAAAUUUACUGCAAAUUGGAAUAAUAGUAAUAAUAAUGAUAAUUACGAUAAUAAUAAUAAUAAUAUCCGUGCUGUUGACUGUUUUUUCAGUCUUUAUCCUUCGAUUUUAUUCCUGUACUUUGAAGAGUUAUCAUGAGAUAACUACCGGUGCAUCAUACGUUUAUGGCUCCAGGCAUCUUGUUUGGUGUAAUUUAGCAAUACAGAUGAUCGAAUUUCAAAUGUUAUUUAAAUUAUUGACUUUUAAACUUGGAUGUAUGUGCAUUAUUAACAUCUGAUAUGUAUUUUCAGCACGAUGUAUAAAGAAACUGUUACUGUUAGUAUUGUUACUAUUAAUAUCAUUACAAAUACUCAUAAUGAUUCUUAUCAUCAAAUCAUUUUUUGUUUUCACCAAGGACGGAAAAACUGGUAGUGAAACUGACUCUGAGAAGUCUCAGAAAGAGAAAUCAGGUGAGUUGAUUUUCAUUAGAGGUGAAUUUGUCAUGAUGAAAUUUUGUAAUUCAUCUGCUAUGGCGCCGGUAAGUGAUAGUUUCUUCACCGCAAUUGCUUAUAAAUAGACAUGUUGAACCUUAUUAUGAGCUGAUAGUCGACCGAAAGUAAGGCCAUUAACCCGUCGGCUCCGUAGAUGACCUAAUAAAAAAGCAACCAGCAAAGAGGGAAGGCUUUCGAUUGUUCCAGCUCUCAAUUGGUUCAGGUGUUUUUACACGUUCACAUGCUUAUUUUCAUUACUAAAAUCCAAAAUGAUUGAAAGGCCAAAAAUUUUUACAAGAUAUUACAGAUAAGUUAUUUCGACCUUCAGUUGUCACUACGAAUUAUAAAUUAUUAUAGAAUCAAAGGCCUCUUAGAGCCAGCUCAUUCAUGCUAUGGCUUAAUGUUAAGUUUGUAUUGAGUUCUUGGACUUGUUGAAUUUAGGUACAGUUGAAUUCGGUUCAUGUUAACUUUCAAGACUUUAGGAGUAAAUUUUCUUUUAUUUCUGGGCAGUUAUGUGAUAAGAAAACUUGUGCAUUCGUCGUGAUGGGAAUUGGAAAAAAGGUUGUGUGGGCUGAAGGUGGGAUGGGCAGAGGUCGUAAGGCGAAAGAGUCAUUUUUGUUGGUGUGUGUGUGUGUUUGUGGGGCGGAGGGUGGGCUGAGUGGGCAUAAUCAGGCAUCCAAUGUUGCUCUAGCAGCAAAAUAUUAGUAACCCUCAUCUUUCACGGUCAUUUGUACUAUUGUGAAAUAUUCCUUACCCGUUUCUUAAUAUCUUUUGUUUUUACCGAAGCGGCCAUUGCAUUUGGUUUUAAAGAAAGCGGCCACAAUCGUUCUUAACAGAAUUUCAAGCCUUCAUCUAGUCUAAUUUUCACAUGAUAAUAUUUGCAUAGUCACCAAACAGAUGAGAGAUAAAACCACCAGAAAAGCAAACAAAUGGCCAGUCACGAAAGGAACGCUUCGCUUUUCCGUAUAAAAAUUGGCCGGUUCCCAAUGUAAGCCAAUAAGGCAAAUAAAGCACAUAUGUGAAAAUCAGUGUGGGUACACCUUUAAACGUUCAAAACAUAUCAAGUUGAAGGAACAGUCUUGGUCUCAGUACGCAUUUUUGUCAACAAAAUGAACUCAUAUCGGUUAAAAAAGAUGAAACGUAAAUCACGUCGCUUGAAUGUAGGUAAAUCGUAAAUGGUGUUACUGGAAUAAUGCGUCAUAUUGCAAUAGCCGACAAUUUCCGAUAAUCACCCGACUCGGAAACUUGUUACUGGUGCUCCUCGGGCGUACCUCUAGCCGGUAGGAUUUAGGCACAACCGUCUUCAGUUGGUAUAAAGUGAUCAGUGCUCUAUCAUUGUGCUUUUCCUCGGGAGCUCUUCAACAUAUGGUCCACACAUCAAUCACAGCGGCCAAGAUAAUCUUACUAAUAUUAUUUUUCGAGCUCCAAUAUUUCGGUCCGGACUUGAGGCACGCUUGAACAAAAACAGCAAUACCAAUCCGGUCAGUACAAAAUGCACAUUGCAGACUACAAACCGGGUAAAAAAUGCAGACUGUAGACUGGGUACAAAAUGCAGACUAAGAAUUUAUGUUUUUUUCGUGUGAUUCGUGAUAACAUGUCAUCUUACAACUUACCGAGCGUCACGCAAUCGCUUUUCCGUGAUCAUCUUUCACGAUUAUUUACACUACUGUGGAAUAUUCCUUGCCCGUUUCUUGAACACAAUCGUUCUUAAUGAGUGGAAAUGAACCCGCUACGGGUCCUCUAGGUAUAAGGACUUAACUUAAUUAAAGCUUUAGAUUAAUUAAUUAAAGCGGGAAUCCCGCGCGGGAAAGUUGGGCGUUUUCGCAAACACUUGUUGGUUGGCUUUUCUGCGAUAGUAAGGGCAGUGUGUCUUUUUAUUCUUUUGUAGUGGAGUCGUUAGAUGGAUGCAUCAGUAGCAACACUAAAAUAGUACCUCCUUGCUCACAUUUACGUUUUUUUAUUAGGUGAACGAAAACUCUCUCAUGACCAGAAAAAUGGCCCCGCUGACUCGGAAGAGCUAGAAAUAGAUGAACUGUACUUUGAUACGGACAGACAAUCGCAAGCGAGAGGGAAAGAAACCGUAAAUUCGCAGAAACCGUUAACAAGGGAGAAGGAUAAAAUGCAAGAAAGACAUAAACAAAUGACGGAAAUGAACCAGUGCGGGAUCCAUUUCCAAGCACAGCUGCAAAAGAAAGAAUUGGAAGAUGUUAACCUGCCGAGGGAAAAAGAAAAACGAGAGGAAAGUUCACAGAGAAAAUUGUGCGAGAUAGGAGAGCACGCACAAUUACAAGAGAGCGAAGAACAAGAAGUUAAGUCCAAAAGACAACUGCACGAGAUAGAGAGGUAUAUAAAAGACGCACAAGUUGAAGUAACUGGAAGUGGAUUUGAUGAAGGAAGAGGGGGAAGAUUUGUUCCUGAAACCGAAAAAGACCCAAAUGAGAAUUUUGAAAGGGAAACGACAGAGAUACCAGGUAAGAGGAUAUUGUUGAGGAACAAAUUAGUAAAUUAAAAAAGUUGUAGGGAAGACUGGCGAAUUCCGUAAUGAGCUUUUAGGUAACAAUAUUAGGUGAGAGAGAAGAACUGAAUAUAUUACAUAUAUAUUUCACACGGGUAGCAGGCUAGGUGCCAAGUAAUCGAAAAUAGAGUCUAAAAUGAUUCAGUUCCUAAGUUUAAACGUUUUUUGAUAUAAAACUGAUUCAGAGAGAGAGAGAGAGAGAGAGAGAGAGAGAGAGAGGAACAUGUUUUGGGUUUUAGGUUCACGCUCUGUGAGACAAGCUGAAAAAUUCCUUGUUCUAUUUUCAUUAUCUAAGGAAUAUUCAGGGAGUUGACACAGCAGCUGGAAAACGUUCAAUCAAGAAACAGAGAUGGAGAAUUGAGGGAGAUGACACAACAGUUGACUGAUGUCCGGAGGCAACUACAAGAGAGAGAUGGACAACUAACAGAAAAAGAUCGCCAGCUAAGAGAGAGAGAUGGAGAACUACAUGACAGAGAUGAACAGCUAAGAGGGAGAGAUGGACUACUGAGAGAGAUGAGAGAUCAGUUGACGGAUGUCCAGAGGCAAUUAGAAGAAAGAGAUGGACAAUUGAGAAACAGAGAUGGACAAAUAAGAGACAGAGAUGGAGAACUACAAGACAGAGAUGAACAGCUAAGAGAAAGAGAUGGACAACUGAGGGAAAUGAGAAAUCAGUUGACGGAUGUCCAGAGGCAACUACAAGAAAGAGAUGGACAACUAAGAAACAGAGAUGGACAAGUUAGCGAGAUAACAAAGCAGUUGACAAGUGUCCGAGGGCAACUACAGGAAAACACCAAAGAAUUUACUUCUUUGGAAAGACUGCUGAGGGCCAAACAGCACGAAAUAAAGGAACUGGAUACGUCUCUUUCAGCAGCUCAAAGGGUGUUAUAG